AUGGCGUCGAGCGACCGAAUGACGCGCGUCGACGUCGAUGUGGUGACGAACGCGUACGUGGACACGCAUUGUCACAUGGACGCGGUGCUCGCGAGGCUGAACGUGGACUCGAUCGAGGACUAUCUCGCGCUCGCGGACGCCUUCGACGCGAGUUCGACGUCCACGUUCGAGGGGUGCGUCACCGUAGGGUGCUCGUCGGCGUCGUUCGAGAGCACGAGAGCCGUCGCGCGCGCGGGGGGCGAUCGCGUGCGCGCCGCGUACGGCGUGCACCCGUUGAGCGCCGAGGAGUGGCGACGCGACGACGUUCGCGCGCGCGUUCGGGAGUUAUUGACGAGCGAACCGCGCGUGGUGGCGGUCGGGGAGACGGGGUUGGAUUAUCACAGAUUACCCGACGCGGGUCCGGAGGCGGUUGCGGCGUACAAGUUGGCGCAGAAGGAGGCUUUCGCGGCGCAAAUGGCCCUGGCGAACGAGUUGAACAAACCGUUGAUCGUGCACACGCGCGAGGCGGAGGAGGAUACGUUAGAAAUGAUGAAGGCGCAUCUGCCGAGCGACGCGCGCGUGCACGUCCACUGCUUCACGUCCUCGGCGAAUUUGGCGAGAGGGUUACUCGAGGCGUUUCCGACGAAUUUGUGUCUGGGUUUCACCGGCGUCGCGACGUUCAAGAACGGUCAAGACGUUCGCGACGUCAUCGCUCAGGUGCCGUUAGAUAAGAUUUUAUUAGAGACGGACGCGCCGUACAUGGCGCCGACGCCGUUUCGUGGGCAAACGUGCCAUCCGGCGAUGGUGCCUCGCAUCGCCGCCGCCAUCGCGCGCGUCCACGACGUCGACGACUCCGUCGUGUUCGAAAAGUGCCGAGCGAACACGAGGCGGGUGUACGGCAUUUAG